AUGUCGGCUACGACAAAGUCGCUUACAUAUGGCGCAGGUGCCUCAUUUUUGGUGUUAACAUUGCUUUCACCUCGAUCACAACGAGCAAGAAUGUACUUGAAUGCUUUGCUUUACAUCGCCUCAAUGGGAGCUUGUUCGUUCUUUGGUGUUGCAAUUUCACCGUUCAUGGCUUUGACUAAGAAUGCUUUGAAUAUCAAUUGGGCAGUCGCAAGAGCAUUCCAUCUCUUAGCUGGAAAUUUGAUCGGCCUAAAGUUCAAAGUUGAAGGAGCAGAAAAGUUCGAUCAAGCAAGACCGGCAGUUUUGGUAGGAAAUCAUCAAACAGGUGUCGAUAUCUUAUACCUUGGAAAGAUUUUCCCAAAGCAUGCCAGUAUUAUGGCUAAGCAAAUCUUGAAAUAUACACCGCUUCUUGGUCAAUUCAUGUAUCUUGCAGGAGCAGUUUUCAUCGAUCGUGCUAACCGAGCAAGUUCCAUCUCUGCAUUCGACAAGGUAUCCAAAAAGAUGAAAAAGUAUAAUCUUUCUCUUUGGGUCUUUCCCGAAGGAACAAGAUCAAAUUUGCCAUUUCCCGAUCUGUUACCGUUCAAGAAAGGUGCUUUCCAUUUAGCUGUUCAAGCACAAGUGCCAAUUGUGCCAGUCGUUUGUGAGAACUAUAACAGAUUCUUUGAUGGAAAGACACGAUUCGAAGCUGGAACAGUGCGUGUUCGUGUUUUGGAACCAAUCGAAACCAAAGGAUUGAAGAUGGAAGAUGUUACCGAAUUGACAACACGUGUACGAAGUGUCAUGUUGGCCGAAUUGCAAAAGAUGGAUGCAGAAUUAGACAGAGGAGAUGUUUCUGCAGCUAUCAAAGGUAAACCACAAUCCUUACAGCUGGGCGGAUUGGCUAAAUUGGCGUCGUAUAUCGUUGGUACUGGACCUGGACCCGAUGUGGUGGGAAGAGUGGAAAGGGAAAGAAGAGAAUUGGUCAAACCGGGUACAUCCGGUGACAAGGUUGGAGAUUUCAACCUUGUAUCGGAAAAGGGAAAGGAUGCUGCUCAAAGACCUAAUUUUGAAAGCAAGACAAGCGGCAGUCAUUCUUCUGAAGAAACGGAUGAGAGCGCUAUCCUUGUCAAAAGACCCUAA